ACAUUAGUAAGCACAGAGCAGCUCAUGGACAAGACCUGCACGAACGAACUCGAUCGCAAAAGAGAAGAGACAACGACGACGACGGCAGACAUCUUUGUUUCUUGCGGACGAGUUUCAUUUCAAAUUAUUGCAUUUUUGCACCCUCGCGAAAGUGUUUUACAGUGCAAAAGUGCGCUCAGUGGGUGGUUUACAGGGGCUGAAGCCGAUAGCAUUGAAUUUUGAAAGUGGCAAGAGGCGUAAAAAGAGAAAAUAAAUAGUGUAGAAAAGUGUAAAUUUCGUUCGAGUGUAUUGAAGCAGAAAGUAGACUAUAGGGUAGCUGCCUUAGCGCAGCGGGUGAAACGAGAGAGCAAGCGGCGGAAAUUUUUGCAGGUUUCUGCCUCGAAAAGGUUUGUACGUAUGCGUCUUCAUACGUGAGCUAGAAGAAGAGAGGCAGUAGCAAACAUCAACAAAAGCAGGCUAGGCAGUGAGAGCGAAUCAACAAAGGGAAGCGCAGGGAGCGCAGCAGCUGCCGCUUCAAAUUCGGACGGAGCUGGAAACAAACUGGGUUGAAAGCGAGAAAUGUCCUCCCAUCAGGAUAUAAUGUGCGAAGUGGAGAUAGCUGAUUCCAACAUAGUUGAGGUUGUGGACGAUGGUCAUUUCGGAACGGAGAUUGGUUACGAGCAGUACGAGGUUGGAGUUGGUGAUGACCAGUAUGAGGAAGUCACUUGUGAGACGGAAGAUUCUCAGGGACUGAUGAUGCAUCACAUGGAUGAUGACGAGGAAAUUCUACACCAAGAAGCCGACAUACAAGCUCACGAAGAGGUGCUAGAUUCCUCCGGCGAUCCGAUGUGUGUUUAUGGAGACAUUAAUUUGGAAAAUGAAAUCUAUAUUGAGUCGACACCUGGCCCUAGUUCAAGAAAACGAAAGUCAGGAAUGAAACAGCCUCGCAUAGUCAAUCGGAUUCGGACUAACGAUAUUCACAAUUUGACUGCUGUUGAAACAUUGGAUGUUAAUCAAAAGCCUCGGCGUUGGGAACAAAAGCAAGUACAAAUCAAAACCAUGGAGGGUGAGUUCAGCGUUACGAUGUGGGCCUCUGGAACAGAUGACGACGAUGGCUCAAAUCCAGAACCUGACCCAGACUACACAGAGUACAUGACUGGUAAAAAGAUUACUCAGGAUUGCGUGCCAGGCAUUGAUCUGUCGGAUCCCAAACAACUAGCAGAAUUUGCAAGACCUUUUCAUAAAACUAAACUCAACAAAUUGUUUAAUGCCUCAACAUCAGCGGGAAUGUCUUCGAAAUCAGGUGCCACCGGGGGAGAAUCGUCCGACAGAAACAUUGCGUGUCCCCAUAAAGGAUGCAACAAAAUGUUUCGGGACAACUCCGCAAUGCGAAAGCAUCUUCACACCCACGGACCUCGAGUGCACGUUUGUGCCGAAUGUGGAAAGUCGUUUGUCGAAAGUUCGAAACUUAAGCGUCACCAGCUGGUUCACACUGGCGAAAAACCAUUCCAGUGUACUUUUGAAGGUUGCGGAAAACGUUUCUCGCUAGAUUUCAACCUCCGAACCCAUGUAAGGAUACAUACCGGUGAUCGACCCUACGUUUGUCCCUUUGACGGUUGCAACAAAAAGUUCGCUCAAUCUACUAAUCUCAAGUCUCACAUCCUGACACAUGCUAAGGCUAAACGAAACAACAGUGGCAGUGGUGGAGGGGGGAGUCGAAACAAUAACGUUAUGACAAUUCUUCCUCCACAAUCGUUCGUGAAAAUGGAAACAGUCGAAAUUGAUAACGAUUCGCAGUACAUAGUUUACACCGAUUAGGAUUCCGGCUCAGUGUAGUUGAUCAGAUUUUACAGAACACAUCUCAGGAGGAGAACGAUAAUGAGUAGGCCGAACCGGUGCGCGAGUGAGUAAGCGCAACGGUCUAUUUGUAAAUUCAAAAAAAAAAAACCAAUCCCCCCAUCAGGGAUUCAGACAAGUCUUAAUUUUUUCUUUCGUUUUGCAAUGGUAAAAUGAGCAACAUGAAGUAGAACUAAACAGCUAGAGGAAACUGUUGCACAGUUCGAAGCAGGAAUUACGAAUGAAUGUAUAGAAACUUUCUAUUCUAUUUUAAUUUUAUUCACUGUAAAUAGCUUGAAAAGUCACCUCUAAAGUUGGUUGUAUUUUAAAAACGUUUCUUGCAGUUUUUUUUUUCUAAUGGUCUCCCAACUUAUCUUGAUUUAGAGAUAGCUUUGCAUUAGCGAUUAGUCUUUAUUUUUUUAUAUAUCAACAUCGAUUGAUAGCGGAAGCCUGGCUAGGAGAGGAAGUAGACAAAGAAUUAAGAGAAUACGAGAAAUAAAUAUCUGUCUAUUAUAUUUUUAAAAUAACACAAAACAAGGAAAACAACCUCUAGUAGUGUAUAAUAAAUUUUCGCGAAUUGGAAGAAUGAGUCAACAUUUGUAUUUUAUGAGUGACCGCAACGUGAAUUGGGUGUGCAGUUCCAGCGGGAAAAGACAGGUACAUUUCAGAGCAACUUAGCAAAAAGCAUAACAAAUGUACCCUUUGAAUGAAAAACACAGAAAAGUAUCUUCAUUCUUUUCGGCAUGAAACUGCUUUAAAACAUGCAGGCAUAUUUCUGGUCAGUUUCUUACUUUAAUAUAAAACAGGAUAACAGAAGGUGACAAAUGUUAUACUUUUUCUUAUGUUGUGCAUUCUUGAACUUGUUCUUUAACUCUGCAAUCUGAGAAUCACAAUCGCCGAGGUCAACAUAACGUGUUUUGUUGCAAAGUUACGUGUCAUGCUAUCCAACAUUGUGAGCGUGAAUGCAGUUUACGUAAGCUAAGGAUUAGUACGGAACGGUGAAGCAUGAUGAUACAAAAGUGAGUGAAAGCGAAUGUCGUGAUUAUUAGUCUGUAAGGAUUAUUUCUACUCUUAAUUAAGGUGGUUUAUUUUUAACAAUAAAAAAAUUGAGGAACAACAAUAAUAUCUGCAAACAAAAAAACAAUUGAUUUAUUAUUAAUUGUAAACAGGAAAGAAAAACUAAGUAAACUGAUGCAAAACCGGUUAAUAAACAUUAGCGGUAUGAAUUAAACGAUCCUUACACAAUUGUAGUUACAACAACGUUUAAGGAUAAUAUGAAAAAAUGUGGAAAAAUAAACAAAAAUGCCAAAA